AUGUCCUCCUCCAAAGCAAAUCCCAGCUUUUCCCAAUAUGCGCCCCUUUCGCUACACGAUGAUGACGAGGGCUCCAGCGCAACUCCUGAGAAGCGCUCCUCCGAGGACGACUACUCUGCCCCCUUGUUGGAAGCCUCUGACAACCUCCCCGCCCUCGCGCCAUCCAAGCCCGCCGAGCUGCCCAAGCUCAUCCUCUACUUCUCCUUCGCCCUAGCGCUGCUAUCGGCUGUGAAUGUCGCUCUCCUUCCCACUACACUAUCAAAGUACCAAGCCUACCCCUUCUCUGACUCUGACCUCGAGGCCCUCCCCUAUGGCGACGCUAGGCUGGGAUUGGACAGGGCGGCGAAAUUCAUCCCCCCUCCCCAGGUCUAUCACCACGCUUGGCCGGAUAGAAUUGCACGGGUGAGCCGCCAUUUGAAGAAUGCCGUGUGGGGUCAGGGGGUGCAGGUCUAUGUUACUGUCGAGGACUCGACAAUCAUGCGCUUCCCCAUCCCCUCCACCGGCGUCAACGCCUGCGCACUCUCCUGGCGGCCGCCUCCCGAGUUCUCUGCACGUGCUAAGGACCUCAUAACCAAAGGGGAUAUAACGGAAAUUGAAGUCUGGCAGCUCAUCGCACCCUCGGCCACCUCGGCUACCGUCUCUUCCACUAUGGACGAGCUCGAUUAUGAUACCUUGUCAUAUUCGACCCUUCCCGUGCGCGGAGAGCUGCUCGGCGUCCUAGACCUCACAGCAAAGCCGAACAGCACAACACUGGAGUUCGCCUGUCCCAGCGGGGCGGAGAGUCUAGUGGUGGAGAUGAAGUGCCAGCGCGUGGCUUGUCAUGUGAACUUUAUGCAAAUUAAUAUAGCGCCGAGUUUUGGGUUUGAGUUGUUGAGAAGGAGGGAAUGA